AUGGCGAUACCAGAGAAACUGCAGGAAAAUAACCCCUUUUCGUCGUCACCAGCGUUCGGCACACCUUUACAUCCUAUACGAGACCCAGCACAACGACCUCCUCCGCCGCCCGCAUUCAAGCCGCAGAUAGCGACCAUCUUACCAAUCAUCCUCCCACCCCCGACACUACGACCGCUGGCAUUCCGCAUAUUUACGAAAAAGCACAACUAUACCCUGACCUCUUCAGCACUGCAAGCGUUGGCAUCUUUCGUUGGACGACAUUGUGGCUCGGGAUGGCGAGAAGAGGGAACCGGCGAGAAGGUCUUGGAGGAGGUGGCCAAGAUAUGGAAGGCUGAGAACGGCCCUGUCAUUGUAGAAGACGGUGAUAGGCUGAAAACAAUCCUCAACACGCUUCAGGGGUGUAUGAGUGGAGGGAAAAUCACCAAUGUAAAGUCUGGCGCAAACCUCAGCCGCCACAGCAGCUUCGCCUUUGGAAAUGAUAGUGCAGUAGACUUGUCAGACGUCAACAGGCGACCGGAACUGGAUCGAAGCGGCAGCAGCUUUGGCAUGAGUGGGUUGAAUGUUGACUCGCCAGCACCAGAAGAACACGAAGAACUCGGCAAAGAUCCUCGAAGUUGGCUCAAAGUCGUCUCGGCUUUUGAACAGCCCCGAUUUACGUAUGAUGUCGACAAGAAACACUUCUUGGCGCUAUCAUCGAAACCGUCAAUGUUUCCCGCGCCUACACACAAGACUGCGAUUUUCAAAGAGAGGUACAACAUCAUCCACCAGCGGUUGCUUCGAAAUCCCGCCUUUCAAGCGCCAUCCCUUUCAGCCGCUCAACCUGUACUCUCCAAACGAAAAAAGAACUCAGCUGUCGAACGGCAGUUUUACAAGAUCACACCUAUCGCCAAUCUGCUUGGCCGUGGUGGCACUUCACAUUUGAUCCUGGGAAUGCUUGUCAUCGCGCCAACUGGUACCCUGGCCGUGACUGAUCUCAGUGGAAGCAUCACCUUGGAUCUUCAGCAUGCUCUGUCCAUGCAGGACGGCGAGCCUUACUUCUGCCCAGGCAUGAUUGUGCUCGUAGACGGUGUGUACGAAGAAGAUUGGGCUGGUGCUGGGUCUGGCGGGCUGGGGAAUACUGGAGGUGUAGGAGGUACGAUUGGAGGCCGAUUUGUUGGAUUCGAAAUUGGAGGCCCACCAGUCGAGAAGCGAGAUCUCGCACUUGGCAUCAAUCUAAAAGCUGAGGAUCUUGGUGGUGGCUUCGGAUGGACAGACUUCCUUGGGCAAGGCUCAGAGCGAGCUGUUGGAAGCAGGAUGAAGCGACUGGAAGAGAGAAUGAUUGGACCAGAUUCAGAGACCAUCGAAGAGUCGAGAAGGAAGAUGGUCGUUAUUUCGGAUGUCAAUCUCGACCAGCCGACUACCUUGAGCGCUCUUCGCAAAGUGCUCGAAGAGUAUUCUGCGCUCGACCAGCCUCCAAUGACGUUCGUGCUCAUGGGUGACUUCUCAAGCAAAGCGGCAAUGGCAGGUGCGGGUGUGGGCUCGAUCGAAUACAAGGAGAUGUUCAAUGAGCUGGCCGCUGUUCUGGCAGACUUUCCCGCCCUUCUUCGGAAGAGCACCUGGAUUUUUGUCCCCGGUGACAACGACCCCUGGGCGUCCUCGUUCAGCGCUGGUGCGAGCACGUUACUACCGAGAGAGGCGGUGCCCGAUAUCUUCACCAGUCGAAUAAAACGUGCUUUUGCGAACGCGAAAUCUGAGGGUGGGCCACUGAAGAAAGACGAAGUCGACGGAGAGGCUAUCUGGACCAGUAAUCCGACAAGGUUGAGCUUGUUUGGCCCAGCACACGAAAUGAUUCUCUGCAGAGACGACAUUUCGGGCCGCUUCCGAAGAAACGCAGUGAUAAUCGGCCAAGCUGCGCGUCAGGCAGAGGAGCAGGAGCAGAUCCCAACAGCAUCGGUUGCUGGGGAAGAUAUUGUCAUGUCUGGGGCACUGCCCUCUACCGAGAGUGUCUUGCCUGAAGACAGUCAAAUGACCGAGCUUCCCGACUCCCCAAUGCACGACGCCGUACCGCCAGAACCCUUCAGCGUCACAGAAGCCAAACGCCUGAUUCUUUCGCUUUUGCCACAAUCGACACUAUCGCCAUUCCCUCUCACCGUACGACCAACACAUUGGGAUUUCACGACUUCUGCGCUAUCACUCUACCCACUACCCCACGCACUAGUCCUGGCAGAUUCCGAAGCGCCUCCCUUCACGUUGACAUUCGAAGGCUGUCAUGUCAUGAACCCAGGUCGGCUUGUCGAAGGUGGAGGCCGAAGAAAGAAAGUGCAGUGGAUUGAAUACGAUGCUUGGAUCAAACGUGGAAUUGUGAAAGAAACAUAUAUGGGCUAA